AUGAGAGAAUUAGCUAAAAAACAAAAUCAAGAUCUUUUAUUAAUUGAUAGUGGUGAUAAAAUUGAUGGUUCAGGUAUAUCAGAUAUUUCCAAAAUUCAUGGUCAAUAUUCAACUCCCAUAUUUGUUAAACAAAAUUAUGAUAUUUUAACUAUUGGAAAUCAUGAAUUAUAUUUAUUAGAAAGUUCAAUUCAAGAAUUUAAAGCUGUACAAGAAUAUUUUCCAGAUAAUUAUAUAACUUCAAAUGUUGAAUUUAAUAAUAAUGGAACUUUUGUACCGUUCGGUUCAAAAUUUAAAUAUUUUGAAACUGAAAUUAAAAAAACUAGAAUAUUAGCAUUUGGUUUCUUGUUUGAUUUUAAAAGAUUUAAUUCUGGAACUAAAGUUACUCCAAUAAAAGAAGAAAUUGAAAAACAAUGGUUUAAAGAUACACUAAAACAAUAUCAAGGUAAAGUUGAUUUAAUUGUAAUUGCUGGUCAUACUCCAAUAGAUCAUAAUUGGCCCGAAUUUUAUCAUUUACAUAAACAUUUACGUAAAUAUUAUCCAAAUACUAUAAUACAAUAUUUUGGAGGUCAUAGUCAUAUUAGAGAUUUUUCAAUUUUUGAUAAAAAUUCAACAGGAAUACAAAGUGGUAGAUAUUGUGAAACUGUUGGAUGGGUAAGUAUUGAUUUAAAUAAGAAAGAUUUAGAAACAAAAGAAAGAUUUUCAAGAUCUUAUAUUGAUUUUAAUUUAAAUUCAUUUCAUAAACAUUCAAAGAAAGAUAUAAAAAAUUUUGAUUCUGAAAAAGGUAUAGAAGUUACAAAACUUGUUGCUAAAACAAGAAAAGAUUUAAAGUUAAAUACUCAAAUUGGAACUGUUCAUUCUAAUUAUUAUGUUGAUUAUGUUCCAAUAGAUCAUCCAAAAAAUAUUUUUAAUUUAAUAACAAAUCAAGUUUUAAAUGAUUUACCUGGAUCAGGAGAAAGAAUUAUUAUAAUAAAUACAGGAUCAAUAAGAUAUGAUUUAUAUAAAGGUCCAUAUACAAUAGAUUCUCAAUAUAUUGUAUCACCAUUUGAAAAUAAAUGGGUUAAUUUAACAGUUCCAAAAUCAAUUGCAACAAAAGUUGCAGAAAAAUUAAAUGAAGCAAGUUAUAUUUCUACAACAAGAUUAAAACCUCCUCAUCAUUAUUUAAAAAAAGAAAUUGUUUAUAGUGAUGAAGCAAAAGAUAAAAAACUAUCAAAAGGAUAUGUUACUCAUGAUGAUUUUGGAUCAAAUGGUGAUGACACACCACAUAAACCAGUUAUAAAUUUUGAUAUUCCAAAUGUUGUACAAAGUGUUCAAUUAAAUAAUGAAAUUGAAUCAUUUAUUGAUUUAGUAUUUUAUGAUUUUAUAACACCAAAUAUAAAAUGGGCCCUAAAGGAAUUAAAUUAUGAAAUUCAAGAAGGUGAAAAUCCAACUAAUUAUUCAGAAAUAUUUUUAGGUAAAUUAUUAAAUAAUUAUAUAGCUGAAAAAUCACCAUAA